CGGACCACGCCACUUUACCCAAAGACAUUGAAGUUCACUCUCACUGUUACAUAUUCCGCUGAACACGAGCGUUUUCCUCGGCCGUUUCAGGACUGCUGGAAUUUCAGUCUAGUCCGACCGCGCUAUUGCGUUAAGGAUUGUUUUUGUGCCGCGGCUGCGGAUAUAGAAAAUACACAGGGAAAUCAUCAUGUGGCUUCGAAGAACAUGGUUGCCUCUCCUCAUCAUAGGAAUGGUGUUGAUAUAUAAUACUGAAGCCCGCAGAAUACGCGUCCAGCGACCAUUGCAGCAGGAAGAAGCAGAUGAGACAGUGCAGUACUACGCGGCAGAACCUCAAGAUGAACAAUUAGAUCCCAGGCAACGAGUUGUUCUUGUGUCAUCCGCUGAUCAAUACAAUGGACUUUAUGGACAACCUACAGCUUCAUCAAGAAGCGCUCAAGAUAAUUAUAUUCCUCGAGGAUCCACCAAAUCACAUGAGGCAAGUUACAGAACCAAAGAACCGACCAAGAGCCCCCCGGUGCAAACGAUAAGAAACUACAGCAAAGUAAAUGACGACGGAUCUUUUACAUUUGGUUACGAAGCUGCUGACGGUAGUUUUAAAGAGGAAACUAGAGGAACUGACUGCGUCGUUCGCGGGAAAUACGGAUACGUGGACCCUGAUGGCAAUAAACGGGAAUUUACAUACGUUUCAGGAAACCCAUGCGAUCCAAAUGCACCUAAGGAAGAAGAAGAGGAAGUUCCUGAAGAAGAGAGCAACGACAACGCAAAUCUUCCUGCCAAUUAUCCCACUCGCCCAGUUAGACCGAUUCAUAGACCAGUCAGUGCUGUAACAGCUAAACCAGUAAGCCUAUUCCAGACAAACUACGAACAAAGCGAAGACGAGCAACCUGAACCCGAGCAAAUUCUCAGGCCAACUCCUACGCCUGUCCGUCAACAGUACUUUUCUCGUCCACAAUAUAUCCAAACUUCAGCCGCACAAGCCGACCAAAUCUACCAAAGACCACGAACGCAAACCAAUACACCGGCCCCGUCAAUAUACAGGCAAUCUCCCCAACCAGUCUCCAUCACCCCAAGACCACAAGUAGUGUCCGCAACCACCGCGACGAGAACACAGCUUCCUGCUACUACGUACAGGCCCCAGCUUCUUCAAGUUGCAGUUACCCCAAGACCGAGUUUGUUGUACACCAAGCAGUUAACCUCACAAACUGCUACCGCUGCUCCAAAUAAGCAAGUAGAUUUCGACUCAGAAUUUCAGAGAUUCAACCAGGAAAACCUGGUGUCUCCGACCGCCAUCACCUACAGCCAGCCUGUAACGGCUAAACCACAGUCAACUUUGGGGCAGAUAUACUCUUCAGCUUUAGUUUACGACCCCGCGUCAGGCCAAUACAAGAAUCAACUUUACCAAAGCCUCCCUCAAACCGAAGGGGAUUUCACUUUAACACAACGCAUUCAGCCUUACGUAUACCAGCCUCAAUCCCAAAGAACGACACUACAGCAAACCGCUCAAAGACCUAAGCAAGCGAAUCCGCAAGCAGUAUAUCAAGCUCAGCAAGCAGAGCAGCUGUUCCAAAGUUCGGCGCAGCUGUAUGCUCAGCAACAGAAAGCGAGGGCGCAGCAACAGCAGCAACAGAGGCAGGCUCCCCCCGUUUAUUACGUUCAGCCUUCCGUCGAUCAGACGGGUGCCCUCGGAACAAGUCAGAUAGAUGCGUUCUUGAGGGGUCAUAAUAUUCAGUUUUAGAUAGUACCACUAUUGUUGCGUUUUUCAAACAAGAGGAAGAUGAUCGCCUAGCGAACGAGUGUCGCAGCGUAUGUAAAUUUAAGCGAACGUCCUUUCCCUCGAACAUGUUUAGAGAGAUUGGAGACGUAGAUUAACGUUUGAUGUGCAGAUAAAAACCAAACGUCCUACGUUUUAAGCGGUAUUGUUUAAAACGUAGAAAUCGUUGGCCGACUUUCUUGUUUGAUUAUAAAAUUUACCAUAUUUACCACUGCGGUACUGAUAUUUUCUCCUAUUGUUUGAAACGUAAUCGUAAAAACAUCCAUUGAAAAAGGACUGAUUUCGUGCACUCCGAACUCUAAGUAACACACUAGCGGCCUCUACGAACAGCCCAUUGGGGAAAGUGUUACGCCCAGACAAUCGCGCCAUCCAGUUAUACAAGAGCAAUCGACCCGAAUUUGCAACACGUGUGUUUAUUUCACUUCACUUUUCUUGCUGUGUCGCAGGCGGUUAGUAAAUGUACAUUUUGCGGAUCACUGGACACUAAUCCCAUUUAAUAAGUCGGAGGGAACUAGUUCAAAUAACCGAACUAAAUAUAUCCAUAUAUUGUGAUGCAAUGCACUGUUGGUUGUUCAAAGUUAUAAACAUAUACAUUUACCAACCGACUAAAAUCUGUUCAAUCGUUCGAUGCAUCGUGAUGCCUUUCAAGGUCACAACUUUUGCAGACCCCACCUGCGAUAUGACCCUGACGAAGAACGUUUAUCGUACAGGGCGUUUCUGAAGCAUAAGCACUUAAAUUUUAAACUUUACUUCGAUGUGGUCCAACAUCUUUUUCUACUUAACGUUCUGGUACACCAUAACAGGUCGUACCGUUGCCAUAUCAACCAUUCUAUUGUUUUUAUAUUUCAUUCGUUUUAGAAACACUCUGUAUUUAAACUUAGAAGAUUACCCCUAAGUAUAUUAAUCCUGUUUAUAUAUUUUUUAUAAGUAUAAUAAUUUAUUUUUACACUGGGUGCCUAUAAGAACGUCUGUACUUGCACAUGUGUAUUUCCAAAUUGUAGAGGCGUUUUUGCGUCAAUCAAAUAAUACCACCAGUGAGCAAACUUUGAGACUAUGUGUUAUUAAAAUAAUCACAUAAGUCAUUGUUUAUGUUACUGUAUAUAUCUAUCCACGCGUAGCAUAAUUAGCAUAUAGUUACACAUAUUUUUUAUUAAGUCUACUUACAAUUAAAUAAAAGUUAUUCGA